UUUCAUUUCCCUAGCUCCCCAUCCUCCUCUUCAUUAAUUCCUUUCAUCUCUCGUAAAAAUUUCGAGCUUGCUUCAAUGGCUGAUGCAGGUGGUUCAGCCUCCGCUAUGAGGAUGUGGUGCUCAGUUCCUGAAAGGCUCCAGCUGCAUAUGGCCAUGUUGGCCUUGCAGUUUGGUUAUGCAGGUUUCCAUGUGGUUUCUCGAGCUGCCCUUAACAUGGGCGUCAGCAAACUCGUCUUCCCAGUUUAUAGGAACAUCAUUGCUUUCCUUCUACUCGUUCCGUUUGCAUAUUUUCUUGAAAAGAAGGACCGACCAGGCAUUACUCUAAAUUUUCUUGUACAGUUCUUCCUCCUCGCUCUUGUUGGAAUAACAGCAAAUCAAGGUUUCUAUUUGCUUGGCUUAGAUAACACAUCACCAACCUUUGCAUCUGCAAUUCAAAACUCUGUUCCAGCCAUUACCUUUCUAAUGGCUACCAUAUUUGGAAUAGAGAAAGUGAGGCUAAAUCGAAGAGAUGGGAUAUCGAAGGUUAUAGGAACGGUUUUUUGUGUGGCUGGAGCAUCAGUGAUAACUCUAUACCAAGGUCCAACCAUAUACAGCCCAACUCCACCGCUAAAUAGACCCACACCGUUGUUUGUUUCGUUGGGAGAUGCAAAGGGAAAGAACCGGACACUUGGUUGUUUGUAUCUGAUUGGCCAUUGCUUGUCCUGGUCCGGCUGGCUGGUGUUGCAAGCACCGGUGCUGAAGAAGUACCCAGCUAGACUCUCCGUCACCUCCUAUACAUGUUUCUUUGGCCUUAUUCAGUUCCUCAUCAUUGCGGCAGUCUUCGAGCGCGACGCUCAAGCUUGGAUUUUCCGUUCCGGCGGCGAAGUCUUCACUAUUCUCUAUGCGGGAGUAGUGGCAUCGGGGAUUGCAUUCGCUGUACAGAUAUGGUGCAUCGACAGAGGUGGCCCUGUCUUCGUUGCUGUUUAUCAACCUGUUCAGACUCUUGUUGUCGCUAUUAUGGCUUCCAUUGCUUUAGGGGAAGAGUUCUAUUUGGGAGGUAUCAUCGGGGCAGUGUUGAUCAUAACGGGAUUGUACCUAGUUUUGUAUGGUAAAAGCGAAGAAAGAAAAUUCGCAGCUCAAGAAAAGGCUGCAAUCCAGUCAACUCAGGGGCAUGGCAACAGCAGAGCACCCAGCCAUAUCAAGACGACAUCCCUCACUCAGCCACUUUUGCCUCCUUCAACGGAAAACGUUUGACUUCAAAAAAAUACCCUAAACCAAAAACUGUGUGUGUAUGAUUGUUUUUUCUUUCACUUUUCCUCUUUUUUAUAUUAGUCAUCAAUGGAUUUCUGUGAGUAGCAGAAAGAGGUUGAAAAAGAAGCGUUUUUGAAAGGCCACGACAAAGACGAUGAUGAUCACUGUCACAGCUAUGUAA